AUGGCUGCGGCGAAGCAACGGUUGUCCGAUUGCUUGGUCAGGCGGCAAUGUAUCGAGACCAUGCGCAACCAGGUGGAAAAGUUCAUCGCGAAGUUCAACACUGAGACGGACACGUGCCAGAUUCCUGUCCGUUUGGAGAGUUUGGAUCGAGCGUACCGCGAGUUCCUCGAAGUCCAAGCCGAGCUCGAACGUACCGAUAAAUCCGAGUAUUUGGAAACUCAUUUGACGGAACGAGCUGACUUCGAGACGAGAUACUGUGAAGCCAAGGGAUUUUUGCUGUCGAAGCGGACCGAGGAGCAGAACCUGACCGCAAUGAACAGCACCAUGAACACCAGCCAGCCUACCCAUCCAGUAUCCUUCCACCUACGCCUACCCAAGAUCGACCUGCCGAAAUUUGAUGGAGAUUUCUCUCGUUGGUUAUCCUUCCGUGAUGCGUUCACGUCGAUGGUGCAUUCCAAUCCAGACAUCCCAACAGUGGCGAAGCUGCAGUACUUGUUGAACUCACUCGUGGAUAAGGCAGCACUGCAGUUCGAGAACGUGGAGAUUGAGGCAGACAAGUAUGCGCCAACGUGGGAUGAACUGCUGAAGCGCUACGACAACAAGCGGUUCCUGAAGCGUAAACUGUUCCACGCCCUCAAGCAGACCCUCGACGAGGGCCUCCCGUUGAUAAUCGAGACAGUGUUUGGGUGGACCGUAUCCGGAAAAGUGUGUAUCCCAUCCCCAAGUAUCCCACGUGUUUGCCACCUCACCACUGUUGAUCGAAGCCUGGAACAAGCGCUCCAGAAGUUCUGGGAACUGGAAGCUGUCGAACCCUGUUCAGUGCUAACCACAGAAGAAACCCACUGUGAAGAAAUCUAUUCCGCUACCACCACGCGCGAUUCGUCGGGUCGUUAUAUCGUUCGCUUGCCACUCACCCGCGAUCCGCUCGUCACCCUCGGCGCAUCCAGAACAAUCGCCGAACGUCGUUUCCUGAGCCUGGAGAAGAGACUAGAGCGUGAUCCCACCACUCGUGAAGCGUACUGUAAGUUCAUGGACGAGUACGAACGCCUCAACCACAUGCACAAGGUCGACGAUCCCGUGGACGACAGCAUUCCGCACUGCUAUCUUCCACACCACCCGGUAUUCAAAGCCUCGAGUACUACAACCAAAGUCCGUGUAGUUUUCGACGCGUCGUGCAAGACGGCGUCGGGAUUCUCCGUGAACGACCUGCAACUGGUGGGACCAGUCGUUCAGGAAGAUUUGUUGUCGAUCGUCAUGCGUUUCCGGACCUACCCAAUCGCGCUAGUAGCAGACUGUGAGAAAAUGUACCGCCAAGUUUUGCUACAUCCGGAAGACCGUCCGUACCAACGCAUCCUCUGGCGUCCCACUCCAACCCAACCGCUUGCGACGUACGAGCUGAACACCGUAACGUACGGUUUCGCAUCCUCGCCAUUCUUGGCAACCCGCACCCUCCUCGAGAUAGCCAAAAACGAAGCCAAGAACUACCCAGAAGCAGUCGAAGCAGUGAAGCAGGAUUUCUAUGUGGAUGAUUUCCUGUCUGGCGCUGAUGACCUCCCAUCCGCAACCCGAAUCCGGAAGCAAGUAUCCGCCAUGCUGCUAGCAGCCGGUUUCCCGCUGAAGAAGUGGGCAUCCAACGUUCCAGAGGCGUUAGCUGAUGUUCCGGAAGAAGAUCUUGCCAUCGUUCCGCUCCGUGACCUGAAGGACGACCAAUCCGUGUCUGUGCUCGGACUUGUUUGGGAUCCAGUUUCCGACACACUCCGUUUCAAGGUGGAACUUCCGCUACCCGCAGCUGUACUCACGAAGCGGAUCGUGAUGUCGUACAUCGCCAAGAUUUUCGAUCCAGCUGGCUUCAGUGGUCCAGUUAUCGUAGUAUCCAAGCUGUACAUGCAGGGUCUGUGGACUUUGCGCACCAAGGAGAAGCACCGCUACGAAUGGGACCGCCCGCUCCCCUCGCAGCUGCAAGCUGAGUGGAAGGCGUACCACAGUACGCUUGAAGAGUUGUCAAAAGUCCGGAUUCCAAGAUGUGUGUACCUGCCAACCGCCAUGUCCGUCGAGCUGCACUUCUACUCUGAUGCGUCGGAGAAAGCCUACGGAGCCAACUGUUACGUGCGCUGUGAGACGGCCAAAGGUAUCCAAGUGAGACUGUUGGCGUCGAGAUCCAAGGUCGCUCCGCUGUCCAAGCUUCAAUCCAUCGCCGAUCUUGAGUUGUGUGGAGCUGAACUGUCCGUGAAGCUGUACAAGAAGGUGGUGAAAGCCAUCAAGAAGCCGGUAGAAGUGUUCUUCCAUACAGACUCGAUGAUCGUACUGCAGUGGUUGCAGUCCCCACCAGCCCGUUGGAAGACAUUUGUGGCGAACCGAGUAGCACGGAUCCAAGCCGAAACCGACGUGAGACGCUGGCGACAUGUUCCCGGAAUCUGUAACCCAGCCGACGUCCUCUCCCGUGGCCUGAGCCCCAUCGAGCUUGUCAACUGUUUGCUGUGGUGGUUUGGCCCGGAGUACCUGUCCAAGUCCCGUGAACACUGGCCACGCUCUGUGAUUCCCGAUGUCGAUCCUGCUACUCUACCUGGAGCAAGAAGCAAGGCCGCCGUGAUGCUGAUCACCGCUGCCGAUCCGAAGUUCUCCGAUGAGCUGUUCAGCCGUUUCUCCGAGUAUUUCCACCUACGUCGCGCUGUUGCUUACUGGAGAAGAUACUUCCGUAUCCUGAAAGCUGUAUCCAAGAAGGAGAAGCCAGAGCGUCCCGAAAUUCUCACUGCCGCCGAGCUGCGUGACGCUGAGAUCGCUCUGUGCCGUGUAGCCCAGCGAGACAUGUUUGCAGAAGAUGCUGCCGACCUGGUCUCCAAGGAACGAGUAUCACCGUCGUCGCCGCUGAAGUGGCUCAACCCGAUCCUGCACGGUGACGGACUCAUUCGAGUCGGCGGAAGACUCAGCAAUGCUGCAGUUCCCGAUGAAGUAAAGCACCCGAUCGUGCUGUUGGCGAAGCAUCCGCUUUCCAUCCUGUUGGCGAAAUCGUACCACGUUGAUUUGUUGCACGCUGGCCCCCAGCUGAUGCUUGCUACGAUUCGCCAGAAGUUCUGGAUCAUCGGUGGCCGGAAUCUGGUCCGCCAAACCUACCAUCUCUGCAAAGAAUGUUUCCAGAACAAGCCAACCCUAGUGAAGCAGAGCAUCGCCGAUUUGCCAACCUCACGUGUCACUCCAACCAGACCGUUUGCUGUGAGCGGUGUAGAUUAUUGUGGACCUUUCUACAUCAAGUCGCCCAUCCGAAACCGAGCUCCAACCAAAGCGUAUGUCGCUAUUUUCGUGUGUUUCGCUACACGUGCUGUGCACAUUGAGCUAGUGUCGGACCUAUCCACCCAAGCUUUUCUUUCCGCACUUCGUCGUUUUGUCGCACGCCGUGGAAGACCGAAGGAGAUCCACAGCGACAACGGAACAGCGUUCAAGGGCGCAUCCAACGAGCUCCGCAAGGUCUACAGCAUGCUGAAAACCGAUCAAGAAAGCCGGAAGUCGAUUCUCGAUUACUGCGCUGCAAACGAGAUAACCUGGAAUUUCAUCCCACCGCGUGCUCCACACUUUGGCGGACUGUGGGAAGCAGCCGUCAAGUCAGCGAAGCACCACCUGUUACGUGAGAUCGGCAACACCAACGUGAGUUACGAGGACAUGAGCACUCUACUAACCCAGAUCGAGAUGUGCUUGAACUCCCGACCCCUCGUGCCAAUCCCAAGCGAUCCCUCGGACCUAGAGGUCCUGACACCAGGCCACUUCCUGGUCGGCACGAACCUGCAAGCUGUUGAAGAACUUAACCUGGCCGAUGUUCCGGACAAUCGUUUGUCGCACUGGGAGCUGACACAGAAGCGUUUCCAGAGAAUCUGGUCGAGAUGGUAUCCUGAGUAUCUGCAACAGCUCCAGUCGCGCGCAGUCAAGGGCUGCAAGAAUCCCGUCACGAUCGUACCAGGACGAGUCGUGCUGAUCAAAGACGACAACCUGCCGCCGACGCAGUGGCCGCUAGGCCGAAUCACCCACGUCGAUCCCGGCAAAGACGGCGUUGUUCGUGUCGUCACUUUGAAAACAGCAACAUCGGAUGCCGUCGUCAGGCCGGUCGCCAAGAUCGCACUUCUGCCAGUUCCGGCCGAGUCGGAGCAGCAGCUUAAUCCAGCUUGCAGAAACUGAACCCGGUAGAGCACGCCAAAAUUUGCUCGAUGUCUUCGUGGGAAUCUCGCAGGUAAUUGCGGUUCCAAUCCCCUAUUUUGUGUCGUUCGAUCUACCGGGUCUUUUCCACUCCCAGAUGCCUAAGCCGAAGAAGAAAAAGUACGUCGUUUGUCAUCGUUUUGCUGUUUGUCGACAUCCGCCGUGUAAGCCGUUCAUCCGACCCUGGUAGAGCACGCCGAAAUUUGCUCGAUGCCUUCGUGGGAAUCUCGCAGAUGUCGAAGAAGAUGGUGCCCAGCGAGUCAACGAUCCAGUUCGUCGCAGUUUUUUGACCCUGGUAGAGCACGCCGAAAUUGCUCGAUGCCUUCGUGGGAAUCUCGCAGGUAAUUGCGGUUCCAAUCCUUUACUUUUUCGCGUCCGAUCUACCGGGUCUUUUUCUCUGCCAGAUGUUGACGAAAUUGGAUUUCUGGCACCACUUCUUCACCACCCCCAAACUGCAUUCGUGACUUCGCCUCACCACCCACAUCGAGCCGAGAAGUCACAUGGCCUGUCAGCGGACAUGCCAGAUGCAGCCGAAGAGUCACGUGCUGGCUCACCCGAAGUUUCCCGAUCGCCAGCCGAGCCGAGUCGAGUCCGAUCAAGGUCGGCGAAGGAGCGAUGGAGAAGCAUGGUUGUAUGAUUGUGAAGAGAGUGUUUUUGAUGUUUGAUUGUGAAGAGAGGAGUGAUUGAUUUUUUGUGUUAGUUUUAGAAUUAGUUCUGUACAUAUUGUAAAUAGUGUGUUGAAAUAGCCGAGCCAUUUCAAGGUGGCCGGAAUGUAUAAUAUGUUAACUAACCCUAGAUUUAAAACUAACAACUUAAUGUAAAACUAAAAAUUAUUUGUAAUUGAUCGUGUGAACCAACCUAACAACAAUCAUUGAAAUGAUCAUCGCGAGCGAAAUUGUUAUCUACUCUCGCGAGAUCGUCACGAUAACUGCAGUAGAAUCGUGUAGGUAACAAAAUACGAAAACUGCUGAGCCUGUAGUGGUCAGCAGCAGCAGAUAGGUUUCAGAUCAGAUCAAUAAAACCCCCCAGAACAGAUCCCAAUAAACCACGGUCAGAGUAGUAUCUCGGUCGCGUCUUUUAUCCCCGACGAAUAAAGUUAUUUUUUUGAUUGUGCACCAGAUUGACGAUUCUUGGCUAAUAUCCAUCCGAAAGUGCGCGAGUGAUCUGUCCUGUACGGUACAGUUGUUCUGGGCUGUGAAUCUGCUGUGUUGCUGGCAUUGGCUCACUUGAUUCCGCAAGUGGCCAAGCCGUGAAGAAUUGUGCUGGCCUGCUAAGAGCAGAAGUAGCUGGGAAAGGUGUUCUGGCGAGUGUUGGGAGUUUUGGCGAGCGUUUUGGGUUUGUGAUUCGUUUGGGUUUGUGCGUUCAGUUGGGCUUGAUUGCGCAAGCACCUGAAGCUGAUCGGAGUUCGGCAAGGUUUCUGCUGCCGUCUGUGCGUGUGUGAGGUGCUCGGGGAAUCUACCUCGACGUGUGUGGCUACCUGUGGAGCGUCUGAACCAGUCACGUAAGUGCGUGCGAGCUGCAUUUUUUGGGCCACUCUACGAGUGGGUGUUAAUUCCUCCCAUCGAACCAUCCGGGACCGAGCCCGGCC